CCGGCCUGUUAGGCAAGGUUCAACCUCAUUUCUGAAGUGUGCGUCGCGACGCUAGCAUCUGGUGGCGAGAAAACGGUUAUUCAGUGUGCCAAUCGCGUGUUUUGAAGCGGCGUAUACGCUGUAUAAAGUGGUCAAUAUGGUUAGAUAUAUUUUUGUAUUUGGAAUACUUGUGGCUGUAACUCAGAGGAGUUUUGUCAGUACUGUUCCAGUAACAGACACUGACAAGAAGACUUCUGAAGUAAAGGGUGAAGAUAAUGUACAAGAGCUGGAGAAUUUGAAGCAUUCUUUAGGUAGGACUAUCUCGAUGAUGAGAUCACAGACUGAUAUGUAUAGAGACAUGAAUGGGAAGAAGGAAGCCCACUCUGUGGAUACAGAAGAAGUGCAACAAAACGGCCAGCUGAUGGCGAAACUAUUCCAGAGAAUGGACACCGAUCCCGAAGCACCAGACAAAGGGGGACAACCUCGAGCGAGGGUCAGGACGGAGGUGGAGGUUCCCUCAGAAGGUUUACAUCACGUAACGUUGCAACGACUGCCGGCUGAACAUUCCAUGCUCGCGGAGAGAAAGAGACAAUCCCCGAAUCUGGAAUCUCCGAGGGAUACCCCAGAUAAUGUUGAAGGUCCCAACAACACGCCUGACGGAACCCAGCAAUACUCGCCUCUAGACAUGGCAGAAUACGUGUUCUGGACUGGAGACGAGAAGAGUGUCAGCCUUGUUAUAGAGGAGUUUCUGCAAGACGGAGUGAUGAGUAGAGAAGACGCUAUAGUGUUCCUGCAAGAAAUAAAACAGGACUUGGAAUUUAUGAAAAAUCAUUUCUCUCGUUAUGGCUCGAACAUCAAAGACCAGAAUCAGAACAGUAUGAAGGAGAAGAACCAGGAAGACUAUCAAGUGGGCGGAAAACCAGAAACGCAGCAGAAAAGGACGGUCAGCGAACAGAUCCGAUCGGAGCUAAAUCAGCUGAGACAGUUGCAGGAAGUGUACAAAAAGAGGAACGCAGAGAGGAAGGCCGCCACUUUGUACUUCGGUGGAACCAAUCAGGGGAAAAACUCGGGUAUCGUUUCAGAAAACACCAACAAAGAAGAUUAUGAAGAAUUAUUGGAAAGGCUCAGGCUUGCUGACUUCCUCUACACAGAAUAUUCUUUGGAAGAAGUGAUUUAUCAACUGGCUAAGGUGAUUUUCACACAGAGUCUCAGUGGUGGUAGUGCAGAUGCCCAAAAUGCUUUGACCAAGUUUGUUAAUUUCCUGGAGAAAGAAGCCGAGGAAGGAAGGAUAUCUAGGGCACUGGAAAAAAAAGUACUAGAUGUUCUCAUUGCUGCUCUGUCAGACACCGUCAAUGAACGUCCGGAGCUAAUCAACAUAAGGAGAGAAAUGCCACAGGGCAACGAUAAUAUCCUAGGACAGCAGGUUCUGAGACAAAUCCUUGAAUUUCCAUUAGAAGACAGGACCCAGUUGCAGAAAUCGAAUCUGAAUUUCGAAAAUGGAAAGGAUCAAAUUGAAAAAAACAUACAGCUGCGCAAUAAUCCACCAAUGAAGAACCAAAAAAUAUUAGUCCAUAUGCCCUAUUCAAUUGGGAGAAAAUAAAGGAAGAACUGAAAUUCGUCUAUUUUAUGCAAAUACGUAAAUAACUAUAGUAUUGAUAUACCUAAUCAAAUUUAUGUUCAUAUACCUCAGAAAAUUAUAAGAAUUGUCUACCAGAAAAAGGAAAAUUAUUUCGAACCGAUGUUCGCCAAGAUCUUAAAAUUACCUUCUAAGGGCUAAAAUUUGGUGCUGAUUACCUAAUGCUAAACAAAUACUGAUGUUUUUCUACCUUACAAUAGAAACCUAUUCAGAUCAACUGAUUCUACUUUGCAGUGUCAAUUUUCAAUGAAAACUAUAAAAAAAAACUCUUCAAUGAUAUCGUUUCUUUAACUUAUAACCAAAAUUAAUUCUCAAUUUCAAAAUUCCACAAAGACGAAAUUGCUCUAAGAGAACCUAUAUAACUAAUGAUUAGAAGUGUGAUUCUAAGAAUUUGGUAGAACAAGAUUGAUUUAAAUUGAUAUAACUUUUGAGUUUCAUGAAUCUAUAGUAUAAAAAUGUAGUUCUCUCGAAAAUUAUUUUUUUUUAACAUUACUUGAAGCAGAUUAUUAAGUGAUUUGUGAAUCUUUUUUGAAUUAUAGAUUCAUUUGAAUAAAUAAUACAGAGAUCAUAUAUUAUGUGUAAAUAUAUUAUCAAAAGUUGUAUAUUAUAAAUGAAAUAAUAAAGAUUAAUUAGUCAGAGAAA